AUGCCUCCACGACAACAGUUAGCCGCUAGAAAGGAAGCUGAGCGUCGUCGUCGAGUAAGCCUGGAAAAUGCUUUCAUCUCUUUAGCUAAUAGGGCUGUUUCUUCGAGUAGUGAGCAGUCUGCUUUCGACCGGUUUGACCGUCACAGGCCCCCUACUUAUGAUGGUGUUGCUGAUCCUGUGGCUUUGGAAAACUGGUUAAGGGAGAUGGAGAAGCUAUUCACGGCAACAAACUGCUCUGCUGCCGAAAUGGUACCGAUUGGGACGUACUAUCUGAAGAAAGAGGCGGAUAAUUGGUGGAGUACGGUGAAGGAUGUGUGUAUGGCUACAACUGGUUUUGGGUGGACCCAGUUCUCCGCCAAGCUGAAAGAGAGAUUUUACCCUGAUGAGUUGCGCUGGCAAAAGCAGGAAGAAUUUCUAUCUCUGACUCAAGGGAAUAUGGACAUCCAGAAGUACACCGACCGCUUCACGGAGCUGUCUAAAUUUGCUGCUGCUUAUGAGAUGGCCCUUAGUGUUCAUGCAUCAGUGAGAGAGGAAGAAGCUGUUAAGGCCGCAUCUGUGAGGAAGCCUUUUCCGUCUGUUGCUCCUGGUCCGGCUAAGAAGCCGAGGUUUGAGCCGAGUUUCCGUGGUGGAUACCAAGGCUCCGGUUCUAGGCAGGGUUCUGAUCCGUCCAAGUGUCGGAGGUGUGAGAAGCCUUUACAUCCGGGAAAGGAUUGUGAGGGUGCUGCUAUUGUUUGCUUCUAUUGUAGAGAGGCGGGUCACAAGAGUUAUGAGUGUCCCAAGAAUCCGAGGGCUACAGCUAAGCCCCCUGUUCCUCCUAGUCAUUCUGCUCCGCCAAGAAUCGGGUUUACAGUAUGA